AUGCAUAAUUAUAACUGUUUAAAAAAAAGUUCAAAAAUAUCAAACCUUUUUUUUUGUCAAUAUGUAUCCCCAACUUUAAACAAAAACCUUCUCAUAUCUUGUAAAGAUAUCAAAAGAAACAAUCAAAUAUCAGACCAUAUUUAUUUGGUUACAUUAAUUAGUAACACUAACAAGAAAUAUCAAACCUCACAUAUUUUUAAUUCAAUUAAAAAUAAACAUAUUUUUUUGUCUUCCUAUAUUUUUCAAAAACAAACAAACAAAAAAUUGUUAAAUAAUAUAUAUAACAACCUAAAUACAAUUAUUAACAAGAACAAAAUUUUAAUAAAUAAUUUAUCAGAAAAUAAAACAAGUACCAAAUUACAUUACAACUUUAAUUACACUUCAAAAUAUACAUCAAAAAAUGAUAGCUAUAAACUUUUGUCAAACAUACAAUCGGGAUAUCCACUUAUUUGUGCCUCCGAUUCCCCUAUAUUAAAUGAUGAGUACACAUUUAUGAUUCAAAAUGUUACAAAAAAUAAAUUGAAUAACAAAACAGACAACUUGUAUAAUUAUAAAAAUAAUAUAUUUUAUCAAAAAAAUAUUCUUUCCAACAAAAAAUUAAAUGACACACGAUCCUAUACCUUCUUAAUCAUUCGAAAUAAUUUCGGAACUAAAACAAAAAAUGUAGAUAAAAAGAGUGAAGAAAAAAAUGUAGAUAAAAAAAGUCAAGAAAAAAAUGAACAUAGUAAUGAAAAAAAUAAAACAAAUAUACAAUUAUACAACUAUACAAAUAAUAAUAAUGAAAAAGACAAUGAUCCGUUAAGAAAAUUUGAAAAUAUAGAUGCAAAAGAGUUAGAUACCAUUUUACAUAAUUUAGAAAAAAUUUACGAAAAUAAAAAUAGCAAAGUAAAUAUAAACAUAAAAGUAUUAGUAUAUCUAUUUAAAAAUUUUAUAUUUAAAAAUAAAGAAUUAAAAACAAAGAUAUUUCUUUCUUUUGCUUUUUUAUUAUGCUCAAAAAUAUCAAUAAUAUAUACUCCUAUCCUUUUAUCCUCAUUUAUUGAAAAUGUAAAUUUACAAACAAAAUUAUCAAACGAUAGUUUGACUACACUAUUUUCAAAUGACCCUUGUGUUACUAUAUUAUCAGCAUAUGUCUUAUCCCGAGUUUUAUCAUCGACAUUAAACGAAUUAAGGAAUAGUGUCUUUACUACUAUAAGUCAACGAAUAUCAACAUUUAUAAGUAAAUUGUUUUUUUAUAAAAUUCAUAACUUAAAUCUAAACUUUAUAUUAUCUAAAAAAAAUGGAGAAUUAUCUAUGGUAUUUAAUAGAGGAUGCAAAAGUAUUACAAACUUGUUAAAUGUAAUCGUAUUUCAAAUUAUUCCAAUUAUUUUAGAAUUUAUUCUUUAUUUAUAUAUAUUAUCAUAUAAAAUACAUUAUAGUGUUUCUGCUGUCACAUGCCUUAAUAUGCUAUUAUAUAUAAUAUUCACAACUUUAGUAACAAAAAGAAGAACUAUUAUUCGAAAAAAUAUGAACAAAUCAGAACAAAAUACAUUCAAUAUAUUUCUAGAUUCUAUACAAAAUGUUGAACAAGUAAAAUAUUAUACUAAUGAAUUACAUGAAUUAAAUAAAUUUAUAAAAGAACAAAAAAUAUACGAAAAAGAAGCUAUAAAUGUUCAAAAAUCUUUAUCUUUUCUAAAUUUGGGACAACAAAUGAUUCUUAAUUUUAAUCUAUUUUUAUGUUUAUAUUUAACUUACUUAAAUAUAGCCAAUGAUGUUUUCCCAUUUAGUUAUCUAAUAUUAGUAAAUACUUUAUUAUUUCAGCUAGCUAUGCCAUUAAAUAUGUUCGGAACUAUUUAUCGAGAAACAAAAUUAAGUUUAGUAGAUAUAGAAUCUAUGAUUCAAAUUUUGAUUAAAAAAAUGAAAUCAAUUAACCAUGGCCAUAAAUAUAAUAUUCAAAAAGGAGACAUCAUCUUUAACAAUGUUACAUUUAAAUAUCCACAAAUUAAUAACGAUUCUUAUCUCAAAAAAAAUAAUGUCGAUGUAAAUAAUAAAUCAAUCCAUAAUAUCAAACAAAAUCCAGGAAUAAUAAAGUCUAUUUGGAAUUCCACUCUUAUAUUUUUUUCUAAAUUUAAAACAAAGUCAGAAAAAAUGAAAGAAAAUAUAAAAUCAAAUAAUGAUCUAUAUACCAUUGAAAAUAUUAACAAUAUGAACCCCGAAAUUAAAGACAAUCUAAACAAUGAACUUAGAAAAAAUAUAAACACCUCUUCUGAUACUAAUAAUUCAGAAACAAAAAAUAAUUAUAUUUUUCAAAAUUUUUCAUGCCAUAUUAAUGAUGGGGAAAAAGUAGCUAUAGUAGGAAAAAGCGGGUUAGGAAAAAGUACAUUAAUAAAAUUGCUAUUAAAAUUUUAUGAAAUAGAAUCAGGAAACAUAUAUAUAGAUAAUAAAAAUAUACAAGAUAUCAAUUUAUAUACACUAAGAAGAAAUAUAUCUGUAGUACCUCAAGAUACUAUAUUAUUUAAUAAUACAAUUUCUUACAACAUAAAAUAUGGAAAUUUUCAAUGUACUGAUAAAGAAAUGAUUGAAGCAUCCAUUAAAGCGGAAUUACAUGAUAAAAUUUUAAACAUGGAAAAUAAAUAUGAUACUAUUGUUGGUGAAAGAGGUACUAAAUUAUCAAUCGGUGAAAAACAAAGAAUAUGUAUAGCUAGAUCUUUUUUAAAAAAUUCUAAAAUUCUUAUUCUCGAUGAACAUGCUAGUAAUCUAGAUAAUGAAAAUAAAAAAUUAAUAGAAAAAGCUUUACAUAAAUUAUGCUAUGGAAAAACUACUUUUUUCAUUACUCAUUUAAUGGAUAAUUUACAAAAUAUGGAUAAAGUUAUUUAUUUCUCUGGAAAAAAUAUUUAUGUAGGUAAACAUUCUGACCUUAUGAAUCAAAAUGAAGCAUAUAAAGAAUUCUACAACUCAAAAAAUAAUAUAAUUUAA